AUGUCGAGCGGCAACGAGGAAGCACAAUUGGCACAGUGCCAAGCCUACGUUCAACGACACAAUAUUCAGCAACUUGUGAAGGAAGCUAUCGUUGCGCUCUGCAUUCACAAGCCAGAGAAUCCAGUUUUAUUUUUAAAGGAGCACUUUGACAAACUUAAUGAGCAAAGGACAGAGGAAGCAGGCCGAAAUCAGGACCCUCAAGAUGACGACGAUAUAAUGAUUGAACCGCCUAAGAGGACAGGUGGACGUCGUACGGGUAUCUCCGCUGAACCGAUCAAAGAAGAUGACACUGAGUACAAGAAGGUUGUGAUACCCAAGGAUGACGCAACGAGAAAAUCACUUGAAGCAGCGAUGAGCAAAAAUUUGUUGUUCGCCCAUCUUGAGGAGGAUGAAGCAAAAACGAUGUUUGAUGCUAUGUUCCCAGUUGAGAAACAAGCGGGUGAGACUAUUAUCGAGCAAGGAGAGGAAGGAGAUAAUUUUUACGUAAUCGACAAAGGAAUUGUCGAUGUUUAUGUUAAUAACGAGUUUGUGCUGACUAUUAACGAAGGAGGUUCUUUUGGCGAGCUCGCUCUUAUCUAUGGAACACCAAGAGCUGCAACAGUCAAAGCAAAGACGGACGUCAAACUAUGGGCGAUUGACCGCCUCUCAUACCGACGCAUAUUGAUGGGGUCAGUGAUGAGGAAACGCAAGAUGUAUGACGAGUUCCUAUCUAAGGUUCAGAUUUUAGCUGAUCUUGACAAAUGGGAACGCGCAAAUGUUGCUGAUGCUCUUGAACGAUGUGAUUUUGAACCUGGAACUCAUGUGGUUGAACAAGGCCAGCCUGGAGAUGAAUUCUUCAUAAUACUUGAAGGUGAGGCCAAUGUGCUGCAGAAACGAAGUGAUGACGCGCCUUUCGAUGUUGUUGGUCAUCUGUCUUCUUCCGAUUACUUUGGUGAAAUUGCCCUCCUUUUGGAUCGCCCCCGUGCUGCCACAGUUGUUGCGAAGACCCAGUUGAAAUGCAUCAAGCUGGAUCGUGCCCGUUUUGAGCGUGUAAUGGGACCUGUUCGUGAGAUCCUCAAGCGUGACGUGUCUAACUAUAACUCCUAUGUUAAACUGAUGACUUGA